GAAGUAAAAAAAACAAACCGCACCAUCAACAUCGACACCGGUGUUGACACCGACACCGUUGUUGAACUCGACACUGGUGGCGAAAUGAACACUGGUAUUGAGAUAAACACCGGUGUCGGGAUAAACACCGGUGUCGAGAAAACACCGGUGUCAAGAUAAAUACCGGUGUUGAGAUAAACACCGGUAUCGAUGUUGACACCGGUAUGCCGACUGAAACAUCGAUGGUCAUCAACACCUAACACCGGUGUUCAAAUCUCAACACCAAACAGGUCUAGCUGGGGUAGUCAAUUGUAUCCAUAGAGAAAGCCUAAUACUUAGCUUAUAAUAAAACAAUAAACUUUUGAUUUCUAACGACAAUUUUUAUUGACGGAUGAUAAUGGCUAAAAUGAGAUUCCCCGUAAAUUUAUUAUAGAAGUAUAAUUAGUGGAAAAGUUAAAAGUUUGUUAACUUUUUCCACUAAUUGAAUAUUACUACCACUGAUUUUGACGUUGUGAAUGCUUACUAGAGGAACAAACUUCUACGCUAAUCGAAACAUUGAAACCAAUAAUUUAUUCCACUAAUUUGGAGGUUCGGAAUAAAGCUUUAGCGAAACGAUUUAAGACUUACGCCCAGUUUCAUAAUAAAAUAUAAAGUACUUUAAAAUCUUAAAGGAACUUUAAAUUUAAAAUUGCGUUCCAUAAUUAAACUUUAAGGUUUAAAGUCGCUUUAAAGUUAAAGUGCACAUGCUCCCGCUUUAAAAACGCUAAAGUACUUUACUACUUUAACCGUAACCCUAUAUUUCGAAUUUCGAACCUGUUUCGAACUCCCUAUUUUUCGUUUCAUCCUCGUGUUUUAACCCCUGUGGUUUUAGCUUUUGUGGAUUUAGCAGAGAGAAAAGUGUUUGGUUAAUUCUGUCAUUGUAUAAAUCAUUUUUUGAAAUAUGUUAUCUUCAUCCUCAAGUUCUAGUUCUGAAGAAGAAGAAAUAGUUGUGAGGAGGCCAAAGAUAUAUCCCAAAAGGAAAGAUUACGUCCACGAAUAUGAUGAGCUUGAUUUCUUUGAUAGGUUUAGGCUGACAAAGGCAACGGUUAUCAAUUUAUUAGAAAAAAUUGAAAACUUGAUAGUGUUACCAACAAACAGGGGCGGAUGCAUAGAUCCAAUGAAGCAAUUGUUGCUUACAUUACGUUUCUAUGCAACAGGAAACAUCCUACUCUCUGUAGGAGAUUUUAUGGGAGUGUCAAAAAGCUCAGCUAGUAGAAUCGUGCAAAGAGUUUCUCAGGCAAUUGCAUCUUUGAGGCCACAAUAUAUCAACAUGUAUGGUACAAACCAAGAAAUGGAGGCAGCAUGUGAAGAUUUUUAUAGAAUAGCUCGGUUUCCAAAAUGUAUUGGUGCUAUUGACUGUACUUUAAUAAAAAUAGAUUCAGUAGGGGGAGACGAUGCUGAAAUUUUUCGAUGCAGGAAAGGAUAUUUUGCAGUAAAUGUACAAACAGUUUCUGAUGCCGAUUUAAGAAUAAGGAAUAUUGUUUGUCGAUGGCCAGGGUCUACACAUGACCAAACUAUAUUCAACAACAGUAACUUAAAACAGCAAUUUGAGAAUAACAUGUAUGGCCAGUACUUAUUAAUUGGUGACAGCGGUUAUACAUUGAAACCAUACCUCAUGACACAACUGCAAACCGUGGAAACAGCAGCUCAGAAUUUAUAUAAUGAAUCACUCAUUAGGACACGGAAUGUUGUGGAACGGCAGUAUGGGGUAUGGAAACGAAGGUUUCCAAUACUUCGAUUAGGUAUGAGGUUAAAAUUAGAAACAAUUAGAAACAUAAUUGUGGCAACAGCUGUACUCCACAAUUUAGCGCUGGCAAUGGGAGAAGAAUUUCCAGACGAUUGGCUGGAACAAGAAGAAGGUGAUGAUAUUCAUGAAAAUCAUGUCAAUUUUGAUAAUAAUAAUAACAAUGGACGACAAGUAAGAGAUCUGUUAGUCCAUCAACAUUUUGGCAGAUUAUAGAGCAGCACUUCAAUAUAUAUUUUAAAAUAAUGUUUUUUGUAUUUAACAAUUUAUUGAUUUAUAAUUUAACUAUAAUUAUAAAGAAUAAAAAAUAUGCAUUUAUUUAAAGGGACAUUCAUUGUUAAAUAUUGAACACUUCUUUAUUUUGAUUUGUUAAACUGUAACUGUUACAAUGAAUAAAAUGUAUGCAUUUAUUAAA